AUGUGGAGUUUGAUGCGGCGCUGGUCGACAGAGGAGACACACGUCCCCAGCCAUCUCGACGAAGACGAAGACAACAACCCUCACCGCGCGGCGACCCUAAAAGAUGGCAUUAACGAUGUCUACACGCCCAUGCUACGCACACUGAGUCCCUUCCGUCCUCCGCCGCUGGAUCCAGUUGUGCUCCACGGAUACAAGGACAGCACGCCCGCGGCAUCGAGGCUGCUGACGACGGUGGUGGCGGAGGAGAUCCGAACCAUGGUGCCAGAGCGGCUGCGCAUCACCGAAGACUGGCGCUUGGUGUAUAGCAUUGAGCAGCACGGCACGAGCCUGGCGACAUUAUAUCAGAGGUGCAGGCAGUAUGAGGGCAUGAGGGUGGGCUUUGUGCUGGUUGUGAAAGAUCAAGAGGGCGGGACAUUUGGCGCCUAUCUCUCCGAAUAUCCUCAUCCGGCUGCGUCCUAUUUUGGCAACGGAGAGUGCUUCUUGUGGCGUGCCUCGACACUGACGUCUCUUCCGCUGCCACCGUCAGCCGACACGACACAUUUGACGCGCAGUACGACGCUUGCUCCUCCGCCUCGAUCUGGAGCUUCGACACCACGAUCAAUAGAUACGACACCUGGCAUUCGCUUCAAGGCGUUUCCAUACAGCGGCCUAAACGACUUUUACAUCAACUGCGAGACAGGGUUCUUGAGCGUGGGGUCUGGCGGUGGACAUUAUGGCCUGUGGCUGGACGACUCGCUCGAUGUAGGACACAGCGCGACUUGUGAGACCUUUGGAAACGAACCGCUCAGCGAUGCAGGGUCCAAGUUCAGCGUCAUAGGCGUCGAGCUUUGGGUGAUUGGCGCAUGA